CACCGCCCACAGGCAAGAAGGUUGUCUGGAAGCCCCAGGGUAAGAAUACCUACCCUGCCAUGCUGCGUCUGCCCUUCAGGCUGCCAGUUAGAAUGUGGAGCAGGACUUUGGAAAAACAGGCACGCAGCAGCAGCAGUCAGACCCCCUCCCGGUGUCUUAUCCACAGACUUGACCACAUUGUGAUGACAGUAAAGAGCAUCCAAGAUACCACCACGUUUUAUUCCAAGAUCCUGGGCAUGGAGGUCACGACGUUCAAGGGAAAUCGGAAAGCACUAUGUUUUGGAGACCAGAAAUUUAAUCUCCAUGAGAUGGGAAAGGAAUUUGAGCCUAAAGCCGCUCACCCAAUUCCUGGCUCCCUAGACAUAUGUCUGAUCACAGAAGUGCCUUUGGAGGAAAUCAUCCAGCACCUCAAGGACUGUGACAUCCCCAUUGAGGAGGGUCCAGUGCCCAGAACGGGGGCAAAAGGGCCUAUUAUGUCCAUCUACUUCCGAGAUCCCGACAGAAAUCUGAUUGAAGUAUCCAACUACAUUUCAUCGUGAUUGAGGCCAGUCCUGUCCAAUUCUGUUCCCAGGGAUGCUGCCCCUCCCCACCCCUCUUGCAAACCUUUGCCUGCAGCACUGAAGACUUAGGCACUUCAUCCUUCCUGCUGUGGGUGGAGCUCAAACAAAUUCAGGACCGAACUUCUAUGUUCAGAAAUUUUCUAUCCAAGCUGCCUCAAUAAAUGGAUAACUUCUCCAA